AUGACAAGUGGAGGCGGUUUCAACUUUUCCUUCAUGUGGGGUUGGAACCAUUCUCUGGCAUGCCGCUUGUCACCCAGAGUGACCCAGCACGCAUUCAAAGGAUUGCACCGUAACGUCAAGCCGGAGAUUUUCUGGAGUCAGUUGCGAAAGCGGUGGUCCCCUGGAUUUGAGAUACUCAUGGAUGAAGGGCUCAACAAUGGCCUAUACAACCCCAAUGAUGCCUUAGAGCGGCUUGUCUUUCACUUUAUUUUCAUCCCAUGGUUACAGAGCGAGCUUGAUUGUUUUGCUGAUUGCUUCAACACAACAUGCCCUCGACGCAACAAGAACAAGAUUCUUCCCCAGGGUCAUCCUGACGACAUUUUUCAGCAGCCAACACGUUGGGACUCAAGUGAUUUCAUGCAAGUGCGCAAGAAGUAUGUGAGCCCCAAUCAUGAAGUUUUCUUUCUAGUACCACUGGCAUUUCAUGAACUGGCCUCAACUUUCCUCUCAGACACCAGAAAUCCUCUUGUCACCAUGAACACAGCCUGGGAUGUCUAUUCCAUGCUACUCAAUCAUUUCCGUCUGCAAGACCAAGAGGUCCUUCAAACGAUGAUGAGAUCUGAGCCAGUUUCACAUGGAGAUGGACGCCCUGACCCGGACUUCAUUGCCAUCAUGGAUCCCCUGCCUUACCGGCCUCGACUUCAUGACAAAGUACAAGGCUUCGCUGCAGGUGUAAUUUACUCAUCAGAUGAGGUUUUGGAUGACAAUUAUGUUUCAGGAUGGACACAGCCGGGUGGGAGCGGAAGUAACUAG